CACUGAUACCUGAAUCGUUGACCUGAGACAGCAGUGUUCUCCUCACGAGUUGUCUGUCGACUCUGACACGACGGCGAAUGCUGUGAAUGUAGCAGCCGUCGUGAGUUCAACGUCGACGAAUUAAGAGCGCAUCAACUCUCGAUUGCGACGUUCACGACUGCUCCUUCGACUUCUCCGGCAGCUGGCUGCAUCUUUGUUCACCUCUGGAUAUCCCUUCAUACAUCUGUAUACCCAUUACUAUCCGGCACGACCAUGAACGGAAUAGCCCGCUUCCUUGGUGGUGGAGGCACGCCGGCCUCAUUACAAUUUUCUCCCCCCUCGAGUCCACCGUCUCAAUCACCCCCUCAACAGCCUGUGCCGCUCGCUCGCUCUUCCAAACCAUCAUGGCCGCCUUCGCCUCUGCAGAGUCCUACGGAGCUACCAGCCAACGAAAGUCCAAAAAUGACCACUGCAGCACUGUUUCUCCGGAAGGAUAGGCAGAAGCUGCCUCCGGGUCCCCCAUCAUCCGAGGGAACGGCCAACGGAUCCUUUCAUUCACCCAACUCAUCGCGACAGUCCAAUGGCGUAUCUCUUGCACGAAGUCAAGGUCCAUCUGCUCAAGCACCUCCGCCUGUAGCCGGCCCAUCGGCCCCUCGACCUCUUGCCAAUCGUGUAUCCGGAUUAUCGAGGAUCCCGGUCGACCGAAGCGCUAUGGACUCGAAGCGAAGCACAGCCAUGUUCACAACGCGGGACGAGUUGCUUGUCAGUCUGUUGGCAAGCGAGGCAAUUGUGGACAGCAGAGGAUGUGAGAUCCUCAGUGCGGAGGAGGUAGAGGAGCUCAAGAAGGAGCAUCAAGUGCUUUCUUCGCGGCUCGAUGCAAUGACGAGGAAGCUUCAGCUCGAGACCAGAAUCCGCGACGCUGCUGUCUCACUGUCGAAGGCGAACGCAUCCUACAAGAACGUCUCGAAACAGACGACCGAGCAGGUCGAAGCUGCAAAUCGCAAGAUCGAGUCUGUCCAAGCAGAUCUUUGGCGUAUAUCUGAGCGUGCAAGUGGAGUCCAGCGGAGACUUUUGGAGCAUAGAGCAGCCGUUCUCAGUCAUUCAGUACGCAGCCUCGAGAAGAAGAUUGCGCCACCGGACGGGGAUUCCACUACGUCGGGCUAUACCUCUCCCUCUCGUAGCUCCCAAAUGAGCCCCACAUCUUCAUCUGUAACGAGCAUGACUACAGUAUCGUCCAAAGGCCGUUUCGAGCACUUCUUCGCCGGCCAUUCUGACGCGGUCGUCCCCCAUCCACUGCGGCAUCCACCAACAAUUGCCGAAGUGGCUGCUUUGGAAGACAAGCUCAAGACGGCCACUGCCAUGCUUGAAGCUGCCGCGGCAACACAGGCUGACAUGGCGCGUGAUCUUUCCGUUUCACGACUGGAGAAGGAACAGGUAGAGACAUCGCUGGGGAUGGAUCUACAGGCCGCACAAGACUCUAUCGUUGCUUUUGAACGGCAACUCAAAAAGAUGGAUGACAUGGCUGCACAGUUGCGCUUCCUCGAGAGCGAGAAGGUGAGAUGGGAUCAAGAUCGAGAAGAGCUGGAGGAGCGGAGAAGGCAGGCAGAUACACUUGAGCGCCGAUUAGAGGUGCUCGAGGAGCAGAGCGGUGAAGCGGCGGAGAUGGAGGGUGCGCUUGCACAAGAGAGGCAGCAAAGCGGCUUGCUACUGGCCGAGAAGGAGAGUCAGUUGGAGGAGACGAGAAGGGAGUUGGCCGGGGUGAAGACAAUGUGGGAUGCGGAUCGUGAAGCUUGGGAGGUGGAGAAGGUGGCCCUACAGGAUGGUGCAGAGAGCAAAGCGCAGCUGACAGAAUGCUCGGACAUGUUGCGGGAUCUAAUGCACGCGCACGGUAUCCUCCUUGCAUCGCGUGAUCCUACUCUUCCUGGGCUGGUACAUUCCGUGGGUAAACAUAUAGAGGACCUACACGCGAAAAUUGAGGCACACUCACGAGCUGAGGAGGAAUGGGUGAAUGUCAGGAUGAAGCUGGAGACGGAUAUUCGUGCCGGAUUGGAUAAGCGCGAGUCCAUAUUCGCAGAGCUUGAAACAGCGCGAAAGGCAACAGAUGAAGCUCGAACGCAAGUCAGGGAGCUAGAAGCACAGCUCAAGGAGCAAGCCUUUGCUCAGAUGGCUGUUGCAAGUCUGCAGGCAUCGCAGGCUCAAGUCGAAUACACCGGCGACGCCGCGCAGAUCGUCUCCAUCCUUCAGCCAUUAUGGGCCAUUCUCCCAUCCCCGGAGGCUCGCGCAAACAAACUCGGCGCACGAGCUUUCCGACCGGCUUCUCCUACUACCAGCCCUGUCGCUGGCCGCAAUACUACAUCACUGUCGGAGAUGGACGUGCGCUCGCUCAAGACACUGUAUGAUCCUCGGGGCACCUCGGCACAAGGCAGCGGCGCAUUCACCGUCGAGGCUUUCGCGGCAAGAGUGCAGGCCCUCAUUGCGGAUGACCGUGCGCUCAUCGAGCGGCUCAUCCGCUUUGCUCAGGCGCAUGAUCUGCUUAAGAAGAACGCGGAGCGGGCGCAGAAGCUUGCACAAGACAGCAACGCUGCUCUUGAGACGUAUCAGAAGCAAGUGAAGAUGCUCGAAGACCGCAACAUUGCGAUGAUGUCCAAGCAGGCUGCACUCGAGGAAGAGGUGCAACAACUGCAAGAGGCAGUCGAUCGCAUCACUGCCGAGAGGCUCGAGAUCGAGACUCGAGCAGCAGAGCAAGCCGAGACGUGCCGCCAGCUCACGGACGCGAACAACAGCCUCAGCGCGCGAGCUCUCACACUCGCCUCUGACGCUGCCUCCGCAGGGGACACUGUGCGCAAGCAGUUGGAGGCUCAGCUCACUGAGUGCAACGCAUCGCUCGCCCGCGCAAAGGAAGAGAUCGAGUCACUCCGGACGUCCCAGCAGACACAACAGAUGGCGCUCCUCGAGGAGCUCAACUCUAUGCAGACAGAGAAUGCUAACCUCCGCACACAGCUGCGCAAGAAGUAAGAAAAGGAGUGGGACUGCUAAAGGCAUAGCGGUGCCCCGUUCUAGUCGUUUCAGAUAUUUCGCUUUCUGUUGAGGCAUUUUUCUUUCACAGGCCUUAGAUCGUUGAGGUUUUGGGAAUUACUCUCAAUUGUAUCUAUAUCAACAGUCCCUUUUCUUGCUUAUAUCCUAUAUACAAUACAUGCCGCAUCGUUAUAGCCGUUGUCACACAUGCUCAAUCUUACUUAGGAUGAAAGCGGAUUCCCUCGCGAUCGUAAUACUGGAUAAUGAUGCAAAGGCUCGCUUGCCUUCGUCAAAGGCCG